GCUUUUCCAGGUUACAGACGGACUGGAAACGGAGCAUUCAAACACAGAGCAGGAGAUCUGCUAUUUUCAUCACUAAUCAUCCGCAUCCUGCCUAGUAAAGAGGGGGUAUUUGCUCCCCCCUGCAUCUUUUUCUAUCCUUUUUUUUCUGGAGCAACAACGAUGUUAUUCUAAGGUAGCCUGCAGAUGACAGCAUAACCGGGGCGGUGAGCUGUCAAACACUCCUCUGCAGCUCUUUGUUGAAAAGGAUCCGUAGAGACAUGAAUUCAGCGGAACAGACGGUUACGUGGUUGAUCACCCUCGGGGUGCUGGAGUCGCCAAAGAAGACCAUCUCGGAUCCUGAAGGCUUCCUGCAGAGCUCCCUGAAGGAUGGAGUGGUCCUCUGCAAGCUGCUGGAGCGGCUCAGCCCGGGCUCCACUGAGAAAAUUUAUCCAGAGCCGAAGAACGACGGCGAGUGUCUGAGCAACAUAAAGGAGUUUCUGAAGGGCUGCACAUCGUUCCGCGUCGAGCCGUUCGAGGCCAGUGACCUUCUGCUCGGCCUGAAUUUCUCCAAGGUGCUGAGCAGCCUGGUGGCCCUGAAUAAAGUCACUGCAGAUAUCGGUGUGGGCAGUGAUUCGGUGUGCGCCCGACACUCUUCCGCCCUACGCAUCAAGUCCUUUGAGUCGUUGUCCUCUCAGGCUUCACUGGGCCGAUCCUCCAAGCUGCUGCAGAACCAGUUUCGAAGCCUGGACAUGUCAGAGAACAGUGGACAGCAGCUGCUGGUGAAGGCUCGUUUCAACUUCCAGCAGACCAACGAGGAUGAGCUCACCUUUAACAAGGGUGACAUCAUCAACGUGACCCGGCAGGAGGAGGGCGGCUGGUGGGAGGGAAUGCUCAACGGCAAAACCGGCUGGUUUCCUAGCAACUAUGUGCGCGAGGUCAAAGGCUCUGUCUCCCCAAAGUCUGGCACCCUGAAGAGCCCACCGAAAGGCUUCGACACUUCUGUUAUCAGCAAGACCUACUAUAACCUGGUGUUGCAGAACAUUUUAGAAACAGAGACGGAGUAUUCCAAGGACCUUCAAAGCCUCCUUACGAACUACCUGCGACCCCUUCAAAACAUUGACAAGCUGAGCAGCUCCGACGUGGCUCUGAUUCUGGGGAACCUGGAGGAGAUCAGCACCUUCCAGCAGAUGCUGGUUCAGUCAUUGGAGGAGUCUACAAAGCUUCCAGAAAGCCAGCAGCGGGUAGGUAGCUUCUUCCUGAAUCUCAUGCCACAGAUGAAGGCCCUUUACGUCGGUUACUGUUCCAACCAUCCCUCUGCCGUCAACGUGCUGACCCAACAUAGUGAUAUACUGGGGGAGUUUAUGGAGGCGCAUGGUGCAGUCAUCCCAGGGAUCCUAACGCUCACCACCGGGCUCAGUAAACCAUUUAUGAGGCUGGACAAAUACCCCACCUUACUCAAAGAGCUGGAGAGGCAUAUGGAGGAGAAUCAUGCUGACCGACCAGAUAUUCUGAAGUGCAUGGCAUCUUUCAAGAAUCUCUCUGCUCAGUGUCAGGAGGUGCGGAAACGAAAGGAGCUUGAGCUGCAGAUUCUCACUGAGACCAUCCGGCUUUGGGAGGGGGACGACAUCAAGACCCUGGGCUCGGUGAUAUAUAUGAGCCAGGUCUUGGUCCAGAGUCCAAUGUCUGAGGAAAAGAAUGAGCGCUACCUCAUGCUGUUUCCUCACGUCCUCCUCAUGCUGUCUGCUAGUCCCAGGAUGAGCGGUUUUAUAUUUCAGGGAAAGUUGCCUUUGAACGGCAUGAUAGUGACCAAACUGGAAGACUGUGAAGCCCAUAAAAAUGCCUUUGAGCUGAACGGCACAAUGUUUGACCGUCUCCAGGUGGUGUGCGCAAACCAGCAGGACCUGCAGGACUGGGUGGAGCACCUGACGAGACAGAUCAAACACAGCGCCGCCACGGCCCCCAGCCACAAACCGCUCACUGUCCCCUGCCACACGCUUCCAUCUCAUCCACUCACUCCAUCCCGGCACGCUGAGAGCAGGGCCAUGACGGUGGCUCCCACCUACCACACCCUGCCCCACCCGUCCUCUCAUGGAACAUCCCACAGCACAAUGACGUGGGGCCCCCUGGAGCCCCCAAACACUCCCAAACCCUGGAGCCUGAGCUGCCUGCGGCCUGCGCCGCCGCUACGGCCCUCUGCUGCACUCUGCUACAAAGAGGAUCUUAGUAAAAGUCCUAAAAGUGUGAAGAAACUUCUUCCUAAACGUAAACCUGAGAGAAAACAGUCUGAGGAGGAAUUUGCUGUGAGGAAGAGUACGGCUGCUCUGGAAGAGGACGCCCAGAUCCUGAAAGUCAUCGAAGCGUACUGCACCAGCGCCAAAACCAGGCAGACUCUCAACUCCAGAUCGCGACCCGACACGGGGCUGCAUGUGAUCAUCCCUAGUGACGAGAAAGUUUUUCUAGACGAUCCAAACCGCAACGGACAAAGUGCACUGGAAGAAAAGAGUCUGGUGGAUGUGGUUUAUGCCCUACGGGAUGAAGUUCAAGAGCUGAAACAGGACAAUAAGAAGAUGAAGAGGUCGCUGGAAGAGGAGCAGAGAGCGCGCAGAGAUCUGGAAAAAGUCGUACGGAGAGUGCUGAAGAGUAUUAACGACCCGGCGUGGGAUGAGACUAACCUGUGAUCUUCAUCGGUCCGAUCCACCUGUAGCUUUGGCAAAGAAACAAAUGUCAAAUGGACAUGAUGCAAAAUUUAUAUUGUGCACACUGGUUUAAAAAAGGUACAAGCUUGUUCUGUCAGCAGGAUAAAGAGUAGAUGUAAAAGGUGUUGCAGUCAAUGAGGACAGAAAUUUGUGUUGACCAUCGUCCCCCUAAUUACAUUCCUUUAAGCAAAAAGAAAGUAUUUAGAAAAAAAUAAUUCUUCCCAUUUAUCAUUUCAAGAUCUACCACCAGGAUCAACUGGAAAAGAGACUUUUGUUUCCCUCCGUUUGUUUACAGUCUGACAGGACGACCAUCAUGUGCUACAUAAACGGUACUUUAAUGGUGUUUAUGGUCCCUCAGGCUUUGGACAAGUUUCUACUUAAACAAUUCCACUUAAUAACCUUUCUAAUGUUAUUUAAUGUUUUAUUGAAUCAUUUUUGCAGGGAUCUUUGACACAGCCUAGAUCUGUUGUUUUUUUAUAAGCCUGUACUGAUUUUUCUUUUUUUAUUUCUCAUCUGUUGUUUUUGUUGUUUGACCACUUUGCAGUAUGGCCUUCUCAGUGAAUUGUACAGAUAUGAAGCUAGUACUGUGUGAUGUAAAUACUGCUAAAACAUGAGCCCUUUCCUUUGGAAAAUAAAUGUUUAUCAG